UCCAUUUUUACACACAAAAUCAAACAGCACUAAAAUUCCUGAAUUUUGGGAUCAAUGGGUUUCUCAAGUACUCUUUCUGUGUUAUUGUUGCUUGUACUAAUCAAUUUAUGCAAUAAUAUCAAACGAAUUAACGCUUUUCAUCAAGUUUAUGAAAAUUUGCAAUCCCAAUCAGUUGAGUUAGUGAAUCAUUUUCACAGAUCCGCUUUUCACUUUCAACCUCCAAAGCAUUGGAUUAACGAUCCAAAUGGUCCAUUGUACUACAAAGGUUUCUACCAUCUCUUCUAUCAAUAUAACACCAAAGGUGCAGUUUGGGGUAAUAUUGUGUGGGCACAUUCCGUUUCCAAAGACUUGGUGAAUUGGGAGGCUCUUGAACAUGCCAUUUAUCCCUCCAAAUGGUUUGACAUCAAAGGUACAUGGUCUGGUUCAAUAACACUCGUACCAGGUAAAGGACCGGUUAUCCUCUAUACCGGCAUUAACCAAAACGAAACUCAAAUGCAAAACUACGCAAUCCCGGAGGAUCCCUCAGACCCAUACCUAAGGAAAUGGAUUAAACCAGAUGAUAACCCGGUCGCAAUGCCAGAUUAUACCAUGAAUGGUUCAGACUUUCGUGAUCCAACCACGGCCUGGUUGUCCAAAGAUGGGCAUUGGAGAACUCUCGUGGGGUCUAGAAAAAAGCAUAGGGGAAUCGCUUAUAUCUACAGAAGUCGAGACUUCAGGCACUGGGUCAAAGCUAAGCACCCGGUCCACUCCAAAGAAUCAACCGGUAUGUGGGAAUGUCCUGACUUCUUCCCGGUUUCCACAAUCGAUUUCGAGAACGGUUUGGACUUAGAUUACGCCGGUCCAAACGCCAAGCACGUGUUGAAAGUUAGCUUGGACAUGACACGGUACGAGUAUUACACGCUUGGCAAAUACUAUCCUAAGAAGGACCGGUACGUACCAAACGGUGAUUCACCUGAUGGUUGGGACGGUUUAAGAUUUGAUUACGGUAAUUUCUAUGCAUCCAAGACGUUCUUUGACUACAAAAAGAACAGAAGAAUCUUGUGGGGCUGGGCCAAUGAAUCUGACACAGUUGAAGAUGAUAUAUCCAAGGGUUGGGCUGGUCUUCAGGUAAUUCCAAGAACGGUGCUUCUUGACUCAUCAAACAAGAAGCAACUAGUGUUUUGGCCUAUUGAAGAAAUAGAGUCACUAAGAAGUAGUUAUGUCCGAAUGAACAACAAAGACAUCGAGAUGGGUCAACGCUUAGAAGUCAAAGGGAUCACUCCUGCUCAGGCGGAUGUGGAAGUGACAUUUAACGUUGGAAGUCUAGAGAAAGCUGAGCCAUUUGACACGAGCUACACAUACAAGCCGUUAGAUUUGUGUAGAGUGAAAGGCUCGAACGUAACAGGUGGUGUAGGACCUUUUGGUCUGAUCACAUUGGCCACUCCUGAUUUGGAAGAGUACACUCCUAUCUUCUUUAGAGUUUUCAAAGACACUUCCACAAAUAAGCCUAAGGUUCUCAUGUGCUCUGAUGCUAGACCUUCAUCCUUAGAGCAAGACAGGGGUCCACUCAAUCAAGAUAGGAUGUACAAACCACCAUUUGCUGGUUUUGUGGAUGUCGAUCUAGCUGAUGGAAGGAUCUCUCUAAGGAGUUUGAUUGACCAUUCGGUAAUAGAGAGCUUUGGAGCUUUGGGGAAGACAGUGAUAACGUCAAGAGUGUAUCCGGUAAAAGCAGUGAAAGAGAAUGCACAUUUGUAUGUGUUUAACAAUGGAACACAAACUGUGAACGUAGAGAGUGUUGAUGCUUGGAGCAUGGAGAGGCCUUUGCAAAUGAAUAAUGGAGCUACUUAAUUAUUAGUUGGUUGUUGAUGUGUCAUUAUAAUAAGAGAAACUUCGGAAUUUUCUGUUUUUUUUUA